AUGGUUUUUCAAUUACUUUUUUCUUAUUUCAAUUUCUUUUUCUUUCACUCCUUUCUCUUUCACUUUUUUUCUUCUCUUCAUUCUUUUUCUUUCAUAUUCUUUUCCUUCUCUUUUGGUUCUUUCCUUUCUUCAUUCUUUUUCUUUCAUAUUCUUUUCCUUCCCUUUUGGUUCUUUCCUUUCUUCAUUCUUUUUCUUUCAGUUUCUUUUUGCCCUUCUUUUUCUCUACUUUUUUCCAUUUUUCUUUAUACUUUUGACUUCCUAUCACUGUUUAUUAUUUUAAUUAAAUUUUCUUUUUUUCACUUUUUCUUCUCUUUUUUCUUUUUUUAUUCCUUUGCUUGCCUUCCUUAUCUUUCCAUUUCUUCUUUCUUCUAUUUCAAUCCUUUCUUUGUUUUCUUUCUAUUCAUCUAUUUCUUUCUUUCUUUCUUUCUUUCUUUCUUUCUUUCUUUCUUUCUUGUAGUAUUUGUUUGUACUUACUUUGUUUCUGCAUUUUUCUUUCUUUAUUUAUUUGCUUCUAUUCUCUUCUUUCUUUCUAUUUUUCUUUCUUUCUUUUCUUCUCUUCUCUCUUUUCUAUCUUUCUUUCCAUAUUUAUUUCUAUUCUGUUCUUUCUUUAUUUCUUCCUUUCCUUCCUUUCAUAUUAUUCUAUAUUUGUUUCUAUAUUCUUUCUUUUUUUACUUCCAUAUUCUCUUUUUUCUACUUUCUUUCCAUAUUUGCUUCUAUUCUCUUUGUUCAUUUGUUCUUCCUUCCUUCCUUCCUUCCUUCCUUCCUUUCUUUCUUUCUUUCUUUCUUUCUUUCAUGUUAUUCCAAAUUUGCUUCUAUUUUAUAUUUGUUUGUUUCUUUCUAUAUUUCCUUCUCUUCUCUUCUAUUCUUUCUUUCUUUGCUUUUCUUCUUUUAUUUCUGUCUUUUAUUCUGUAUUGGCUUCUCUUCUUUUGUUUAUCUUUCUUGCUUAUCUUUCUUUUCCCAUAUUUCCUUUUCUGUCAUUUUUUUCUCCCCUCUCUCAUUUUCUUCACUUUUCACCACUUCUUUCUUUAUGCUCUUUUCCCCCCUACCUUUUCUCUUUCUUUCUUUUCAAUAUUUCUUUUUUUCAUCCAUCUACAUAUUGCAAAUAUUUGUCAAUCUAUUUUUGCUAUAUUCAAUCAUCCCCUCCCCUAUUUCUACUAUUCUUCAAUUAUUUAUUCAUUCUGA